CAGUGUGUAACCGGCCGGCUGCCGAAUACGUCGUGCCGUACCGUGUGUGCUCACGUUUGUGCGGUGUUAGCUAUUUGUAUAUGUAUAAUAUUUUCUUAAUUUUUUUCUUUCUUUAAAAAUACGCUUUUGGUCGUGUGUUGUGUUUUGCGAUAACAUCUGAUCUGAUAACUGUUGUUGUUGUCGUCGCCGUGAUGUCCAGCGCUGGUGGUUUUAUCGCGGUGCCGCCUCCGCCAAAGUGAUAUCCCGUUCGUUACCGGUUUUCUGUGUUUUUUUUUUUUAAAAUUUAGUUUUUAUUAAUUUUAUUUUUUCUUUGUUUUCGCUGGUCUUUUUAUUGGUUUUUAUCAUGCCGUUUGUUCAACGCAUCGUCGAGCCCGUUCGUCUGAGCCGGGUCAAGCUUCACGACGACAACGGAGCGCCGACAGUGGACGAUCGUGAGUUGGACGCCGUAACCAACUUUGCACUGGCCAACACCCUCAGACAAAUGGCGUCUGUGGCCACGCUGGCCGACGAAGUGUUCCGAGACCUCCGUGGCCAGUUGUUGGACGUGGCCACUAGAUCGACCAAUCUCAAGUGCCGGGUGCAAGCCCUCGGAGACUUGGUCGCCCGGGUCGACCCCAAAACCGUAACUGUCCCCGAAAGUGAUCUCACGGCGUUCAGUUUGAGGACUGACAACUUCAAGAGCAAACAGCCGGAAACCAAGAACUUGCUGUCGGCCGACAACAGACCCGCUUGGGUAAAGAGACUGUACGAUCAAGCCGGCGUGCCCAGUAAAGUAUACGAAUACAAACACCAGUUCCACAGGGCCGAGACCAGAAGGAGGAAGCGUUCGUUGGACGACAGUUGUCUGCACAACGACAUCGAGCUCAGAAAGCCCGCGGCGUUGACCAACCUUCGGCCGUGGACGUCUGAAGAAGUGCUCGGCGAUAUCACCGUGGCUCCUGAUUGUUCGUCGCGAAUUCCCAGAGAUCCAAGUCCGUCGUACACUGAUCAAGUGGAUCAUAAGCUACCGUCGCCGGAAGAACAACAACACGUGGUGGCACUCAAAUUCCCUCCGCAAAUCGUGGAAGUCGACAUUUCCGGCAGGAGUUUCAACCGCAUGAGUGCGCUCAGGAGAUCCUUGCAAAACGUCGAGUACGAGACGUCGGUUAGGAGGAGAAAGAGCAGAAGACCCCGAGGGAAGAGAAGAAACACUAUUGCCGGUACCGAUCAAAAAGAGCUCGAGGCGGUUAUUGGAUCGUUGUCGGACAGUAACAAAGAUUCGGACGACGUCGUGUCCAGCAGCACGACCGUUGUGGUGACCGAAAAGAAAUCAAAUCUGGACUUGCUAAAAGACUGGGGAAGGACUAGGCUGAAGCAGUUUAAGAGUAUCGAAUCAUCGGCCGGCCUGGCCGCCGUCAAACUAAGAGAAAAGGGCAAGGUAGGCCUGGCGAGAAGGAAAUGGGACAGUAAAGACGAGCCCGUGCAUUCUUCGUCGGGCAAUUGGUCCGCUAGCUCGGAGAGCGGACAGUCUACGUCCACUAGUCACGUACCAAGAUCAAGCGUUAGCAGUUGUAGCGGUAGUACUAAGCCGAAUUAUCAUGGCGGUAGUUCGGUUACCAGCGACGAGGGGGAAACCGGUUCCACGUAUUCGUGCGACACCGAGGGCUAUUACACAUCGUUCCACGUGGACAGCGGUCUCAAGACGUUGCGCGAAGAAGAUCCGCCCCUGCAGCCCAUGUCGGCUUUGCACACCACGUCCGCUUUAAGUCCGAGUUUCCAGUCGUCUUCGGCCGAGAGCGAGUACGACGUUUUCGGCAGGGGCAGCACGUCGACCACGGCCAGCUCGGCCGGAACCGUUUGCACGUCUCUGAUGGUGUCGCCGCCGAACGUGCCUGAGCGGGGUGGAAGCAAGCUGUCCGACCCGUACGGGGGAUCGCUGCCGGACCGGAAUCUGCACGCCGGAUGUCCGCCGAAAGACUCGAUUUACGACAAGUCCAAGACGGCGCCGUCGCGGUUGACAAAAGAAAACGUGACCAGGUACAAGGAGGAACGGCUGAUGAUCGACGUCAAACCUCGACCGAACGUGGAGAACUGCGGCGAUUCGCCGGACAGCGGUCACAACACUUGCAGCUCGCCUGUGGACUCCAUCACCAACCCAUCGGUGGACCUGGAGAUGUCCGAGUGUUCCGACCUGGAGGGCAUCGACCGCGUGGAGAGGCUCAGGGUGAAGACCACCAUCAACACUAGUCGCAUACCAUCCAUGUGUGUCAUCACGCCUCCCAUCAGCGACGACGAGGUCAGUCUAAAGACUCUGCGACAGACCGGGGUGGAAGACUACGACGAGUACGUGACGCUGGCCCACGUUAUGCCAGAGUUAGCCGCCACGGUCCGACCGGUGCAAGUCGUCAACGACUUUGUGCACAUGAACGAACUGCCCGCUGGUUCGCUUGAACGAAAAAAAAUGGGAGCCAGGGUGACGUUGAACGCCGAAGGCAAAGUGAUAUACACGUCGGACAGUCUGAAAAGGAGGAAAAAGAUACACACGACCAACACGUUUGAACCCGGACCGUGCGUGAGUACCAACGUCGAACUGCAAUUGCCGGGCAUCAAGAAAAACGUCAUUUCACAGGCCAUACCGCGGUCUCCUUUGAACAUUAGACCGGUCGCCAAGCAAAUCUUCCCCGUUCAGAAAACCGCCACUAUCUCAAAAACCCACAGUGGCGCUCCUCAAAACCCGCAGCCCAGCAAGCCCGUCAACGCCGGUCCCAUCGUCAACCCGCAACUCAAGCCACUGGUGCCCAUAUCGUUGUCGUGCUCGCCCGGUCAACGGCGUUCUAGGACGUCCGCGCCACCGGUGACGGCCGCCACCGUUAACCACAUGAUGACCCGUCAGUCGUCCCGCGUUGUAUUGCCGGACAGUUGCCGGGAUCCAAACAGCGGUAAACCCGUGUCGCCACUGAUAUCGCCGACCCGGCGCAGUCUGUCGCCCAAGGAAGUGGUGAAAGGCGCGUACGUCCGUAUGCAGGACCCGACCGACUGCUUGGAGACGAGCCUGGACGAAAUCAAAUCGGUUAUCAAGCGCAGCGACAGCUAUAGGCAAGCCAACUCCGACAGCCCGAGGCCGGCAAAGUCGCCGAACAUGUUGAUGGCACUGCAAAAGGCUCGCAGCGAGAACGCUCAAGGAAGCUGCACCGGAACGCCGACCAAAAACAUUAAUAACAAUCGUAACAAUGAUAGUUCUGAGGUGGAUAACAGCAACGUUUCUGCGUCGACGCCCGUAAAAGCGCAUGGCACGCCCAACCGGAUCGACAUGAGCAGCGCCAACCUGUCGCCGAUCCAACGGAGUCCAGCGGGUUGUUACGGUCGGCCAUCGCCCGUUAGCCUGUCCACUAACAACAGCAAACGGUCACCUCCGCCGUCCGCGGUCACCGUACGUCCGGCGUCCGGUCGUUCCGCGAUGGACUUGUACGCUGCCAUACACGAGUCGAAGAAACGGUUACUGGGCGUUUAUCAACCCGUGCCUGCGACGGCGGUGGAACGGCACCCGACGCAGGCAUCGCCACCCGGCCCCGUCGCGGCAGAAAUCAGGCGGCCCGCAGAGCGGCAGUCGGACCGCGUGCACCGUCGAGACAACAAUCCGUCGACGGCACGGUACGACUUCAAGCGGUUGCUGUUGCACGCCAACAUGUCGGGCGGUCGUCGAAACGGUGGCCAGUCGGCCGUCACUAGGCUGCAACAGCCACCGCCACAACCACAGCCGACGAACAGAACUAGCGUUGUCGAAAGCGGCAGUCGGUUGCUGAGGUCUGCGCCGCCUCAACCGAGAUUGCUACAAACGACCGGUAGGGCCGGAAGAGCACAGGCGUCGUGGAACAAGUCGAACGUGCUCUCUUCGACAAUACAGGAAGAUUGUCGCGAAGAUGAGGACGGCUACGGCUCGGGUGUGCCUAAAUCCACUGCACUCGUCAAGCAAACCCUUAGGGGUUUUGCCGACAAAAACAAUUGUUGUGCAGCCGUCGUGCCUACCGUCGUCUCCACUUUAGAAACAGCGCUUUGAUAUCAUCUAAGGUCGUUUAAUAUUAAAUCAACAUCGUGAAUAUUAUUAUUGUAAUGUUCCUCUCGGAGAAUACCAUUAUUAUUGUUUCAUCGGUUGUCACAUGUUAUAAUAUUAUUAUAGUGUACAUUUAUAAUUUAUUUUUCUCAUCGAGACAAUAAUAUUAUUAUCAUAUUCAAGUACCUAUUUCACAUUGUUAAAUAGCUAUUUAUUUAUAUAUUUAGUUAAAGGUAAAUUUUAAAAACUAUCUUAUGAUCGGAAUUGACUAAGCGGUUUUGCUAUUUAUUUUUUUUCUUAUUGGACCGCAAUUUUCUGUUUAUAUAUAAUAAUAAAACGUUUUUGUAAUUAUUUUAUAAAAUAUUAUAAUUAUAUAAUUACGUUCAUGAUAAAAAGAAGAUAUUCUAA